UCUUCACUCUUCACCUCCAAAAAUUCAUUUUCUAAUUCACCGUAAAUUCAGCAGAGAUAAGAGAGAGUUGAAACCCUAGUGUGAGAGAACGAGGAAGAGAGAGAAAAUGGUUUUCUACUUCAAGGCGCGGCCGGAGGCGGGGGAUUUCACCAUAUUCAUGGGCCUCGACAAGUAUGAGAACGAGGAGCUCAUCAAAUACGGAUUUCCUGAAGAUAUUUGGUUCCAUGUGGAUAAAAUGUCUUCAGCCCACGUUUAUCUGAGAUUGCACAAGGGUCAAACAAUUGAUGAUCUAUCUGAAGGUGUGUUGGAAGAUUGUGCUCAACUAGUCAAAGCAAAUUCUAUUCAAGGAAAUAAAGUUAACAAUGUUGAUGUUGUCUACACUCCUUGGCAAAAUCUUAAAAAGACUGCAUCAAUGGAUGUUGGGCAAGUUGGUUUUUAUAACUCAAAAAUGGUUCGCACUGUCAGAGUUGAAAAGCGAAUAAAUGAGAUAGUCAAUCGGUUAAACAGGACAAAAGUGGAAAGAACUCCUGAUCUGAAAGCUGAACGAGAGGCUGUAAAUGCAGCAGAAAGAGCAGAAAGGAAGCAGCAGCUCCGUGAAAAAAAGCGGCGGGAGGAGUUAGACAGACUUGAGAAGGAGAGGCAGACUGAAUUAAGGAGCUACAAAAACUUGAUGGUGGCUGAGAAGAUGACGUCUAACAAGGACAUAGCGUCUACCAACAAGUCCCUUCAAGAACUCGAGGAAGAUUUCAUGUGAACAUGAAAUUCUUCAACAAUCCCCCAACAUUCAGCUAUUAAUCGAGUAUUUGAAUCCUUUGGCCGCAAGGGGCUGAAGACCAGAAUGGAGUUCAAGACAGAAGAAUGUUCACGCAUUGUCAGAUAGGAUUUUUCCAAUUUGGUCAUGUCCUUAAUUGAGCCGCUCCCUAAUUGUAGCAAUAAUAUGUUGGGAGCAAAGAUUUUAUAUAGAGUGGCUGCCCCAAUUUGAUCUGUUAAAUCUCUGGAUACGAAAAAGCUCGUUUCCGGAUUGUGAUAUGAUUUUGUUUGGAUUGAGAUAUUACGUUGUUGCUGGCUUUCUUUCUUAAAAUCGUUUCAUUAAUUAUAAAGAUCCUAAGUUUUUAUGUGUAA